AUGCCCUGGUCGAGCAUCCCCAUCCCCGUGCUUCUUCUCUGGGUCAUCUGGCUGCGUCAAAGUCAAGGCCAGGCUCAGUCGCUUCAGUUUUCCAAUGUUCCCGAGUCAAUCAACGAAGGUGCAGAAAUCUUCAUAUCUUGGACGGGCGGAGAUGGAAUGACGCCUAUCGCCGUGGAUUUGGUCCAAGAUGGGAGGGUCAUUGAUGAUGUCUUUAACGACGAUUCUGAUGAUGACGACGGCAUUGUUCAACAAUUCGAGUGGGAUGUCGACAUCGGUGACAAUGAUGGGGGAUAUUACAGCUUGCGCCUGAUUCAAGGGACUCAGACCGUCGACUCGGCCCCGAUAAAUAUCAUCGACGAGUCGGGACGAAGUGCUACGACCCCUCUUCCUAGUGCGACGACUUCGCAAGGUGGUUCUAGUUCGACUGCGUCGCCAUAUAUUACCACAUCUGCUGGCGGUACAACUGGUACUGGAAACCCUGUAUCAACUUACAAUACAUCGACUACCACGGCGGGCACGACAGGCACGACAGACACGACAAGGUCCGCUGGCGGUUCUGGCGCCGCUGCUACUACCGCAACGUCUCAACCGGGCAACUUGACGGAUCCUUCUUUGCUCGGUAGCGGUGGCGGUGGUAGCGGCUCUGGUCUAAGUGGUGGCGCCAUCGCUGGACUCGUCAUCGGCGUUCUCGCAGCGCUGGGUCUAGCAGGCCUGGCGAUCUGGUUCCUGCGACGACGCAAGCGUACACAUACUCGUACGCGUCAAGGAUCGAAUUCCUUGGUCCCGUCCAACCACGAAAAGGGCCUUGGAGAUGGCAAGGAUGCGACUUAUGUAACGCCAGCCACGGUCGCUGGUACUGGAACUGGAGCUCCAGUAGGGACAAACACGGCGACGACAUUACCAAGUAAAAUUUACGAGAGGGCCGAGCUGGACGGCCAGCCCAAGCCGGUGCACGAAUUGCCGACAGUGGAGGAAGGAGACGCGCCCAGGUACAGCGAGCUUGACAGUCCCGAGGCUAAAGCAGCAGCCGCAGUCUCCAACAUGACCAGAGAAGAAUCCCCGGGACCAUCGGCUACCAUCGCUGAUCCGGAAAGUAAUCGAGAGACGAGCCCGUGUCGUGACUGCGGCACUGCGCAUCACCCUGUCCGCCUCAUUAUCUGCGCAGAUGGCACUUGGUUGACUCCAGACGGAGCAAUUGGGGCCCCCCAAGGUAACGCUACAAACAUCAGUCGGCUAUGGAUGAUGGCAGCUGUGGGAGAAGUCAAGGACUCAACCGGGAAGACCUGGUCGCAGCAACGACACCCGAUUGUCGACGGUAUAGGUGCCGUCGAUGGCCCCAUCGAGCGCCUCGUCUCUGGAGUGACCGGGAAAGGGAGAAGCGGCUACGAGUCCAAAAUCAAAGAGAUCUACAAGCGAUGCUGCAAGUUGUGCCCAUCCCAGGAUGAAAUCUUUCUCUUCGGCUCAAGCCGAGGCGCUUUCGUCGUCCGUGCCGUUGCUGGUCUACUGCACCACCUGGGAGCGUUGCGUGCCCAUGACCCUGACUUUGACGACGUUUUCCACAAGUCCCUACAACUUUAUCACGCCGCAAAGACGAGUGACGACCUGUUGCGGAACUCUGUGUUUGCACAUCGAUCACACCACACCCGACCCAGUCCCUCAAUCAAGUUUCUCGGCUUGUUUGACACAGUCAAGGCCCUGGAUGACGAAGGUCUCAAUGACAUGGGUCUUCUGAGAACGACUUUGCACGCGCGGCAUGCGCUUGCUCUGUUUGAGCGCAGGAAUGCGUAUCGGCCUACCCGGUUCCCGUCCACAGAUCUAGACGAUUUGGAUGGCUCACGAAGUCUUCAGGAGGCCUGGUUCGUCGGCACACAUGGCAAUCUUUGUGGGGGAUGCGAGGAAGACGGCUUGGCUCUGUGGCCGCUGCAGUGGAUCGUCAGCGAGGCCGAGAAGUACGGAUUCAAAGCUGGGUUUCAACGGCUGGAAGGGUCAAAUGUCACGGAUCCAUCACACCUCAUCUUCCCACGCGGUGUCCCAAUGAGGGAGAUCCGGUACAAGAACGGGAUAAAAUCAUCUGUGGCAGAUUUGACAAGUGCAAUGAAAAGGCCUGGACUCAACGCCAGUCUUGACUUUGGAAUCGACAUCCCGGGAAAGGACGACCGACUCAUAUUCAAAGACGGAGUGCUAGUUGGCUAUCUUCCAAACAGCCCUCACGGUGUCUUCAUUCACCCCUCUGUGUAUUAUCUUGACCACAAGAACCCUGGAGUGGUUCAGCUGGUCAACGGGUGGACUUUCGAAAAGGAACUGCGAGACACAGAACGAUUGAUCAUUCGCGAACACCGAGCGCUGUGGAACAUACAUGACGAGAUCCACGGUGCAAUGGCCCCAGAUAUACCUCGAGUCUUGGUGGCAGGGCAUACGCAUGCUGGAAAAUCUGCACUGAUAAACAAAGUUGUUGGCCGAAUAGCAACAGUUCCGGAGCACGGUGCAAGGAUGGGACGAAGUCGAAUACGAGAGGCUAUCACCGGUGGCAACCCUCCAUUGUCAUUACACGAUGCUAGAGGGUUUCAGACUGGUACCGACAAUGAAGUACGCGAUGUCGAGAGCUUUGUGUCCGAAUGUGGGCAGAAGCCUGGCCUACAAGACCAGCUCCAUUGUAUAUGGACGAACCUUGGACGAAUCCCUCUGGUUCACGUCUUUACCAUGAGUGAUAAGCUGCUCUCCGACGUUGAGACGGCGGUGUUUGACGAGAACAGAAAUAGAUUGAUCGACGAGGGUCACCAGGAACUCAACGAGAUCUACCGAUGGGGAGACCUACCCGACGCCUUGAGACAGAACCUGCGGCCGCUCGUCUCUACGAGAUAUACCCAGAGAACAGAGUCAAUGGCCGCGGAGUGGAGACAACGAUUUCCAAGAAUCGGGUCCACCAUCUUUGAUUCAGGCGGUACACAGUCGAUCAGGACUUUGAUUACUGCCUCAUAUGCCCAAUUGACCAGCGAGAUCGUUGCCGACAUACAUCGAUCGGCGCAGAAGCGAUUCGUCCAGGAUCGGCACAAACGAGCCAUCCAAGCCGCCGUACGAGAAUUUGGUCGACAUCGACCCAACUUCCAGUUCUUUGGCUCGAAAGACAAGAAGUCGCAACUCCUGUCAAAGGCCAUUCGUGCCAUUGCCACGUUAUACGAUUACACCGAGCCUGAUCCCGUUGCCCUUGAUUCCAUCAUCAGCAACGCGCUGAAGGUGCCCAAGCCGGUCAAAAAUGACUCGGGCAGUCUCCUCGGAAUCUUCGGCGGCUCCUUCAUGAGCGCGACGAUCUUCGGAGCGGCCCUCAGUGACACAGCAAUGGCCGCAGGAACCGCCAUGUCAUUAGCUCCUGUGUUGUGGCUCGCUGGAGGUGCUCACGUCGCCGUCACCGUUGCGGUUCGAACGUACCUCGUGUCCAUUGAGAUGAUCGCCAUCUGUCUGGAAGUGCUCCUGAUCCUGGACCGCGCCUUCUGGUACGACGGCGGCAUCAUAAAGGAGCGUUACAUCGAGGGGGCCUGUAUGCACUACCUGCGGAAGCGGCCCGAGGUCCAGAAAGCCGUUUGGGACGAGUUCGGGUUUCCCGGCACGGUACCAACCAAGGAAGCAGCAGAGAAGGCAUUGACGACGCUUUUGAAGAGGUUCAAAUACAAGAAGCAGACCUGA